CAAUACAACAGCAAGCGGGGGUCGUACUUCUUUGUCUUGCAUCCGCAGAUAUAUAUACCUCUGCAUACAUAUAUAUAUGUAUGUACGCAGGCAUGUUCACGUGUUCACAUGCGGUGCCGUAAACAGUACAUAUUCUAUCCGCUACCCAAAAGUGUGUCUGUUUGGGGGCUUCUUGUCUGAAAGAUCUAUUGCUCAGGCACCAGUCGAAGUGCAGUCCGCAGUGAAUGUUCGCAACCUGCAGCACGGAAGUUUCUGCCAGAGUGCUCGACCUGAUAGUGCGAACUUUCGGCAGCAGCACGCGGAUUCCUCGGGUUUCCUCAUUCAUCUGUGUGUAGCGGCAGCAAGGCAAGCGAUUUCUUAUUUGUCGAAACCUGGCUCGUUCACCGCACCAGUUGCCAUACAGAGCUCAAAAACGCAUCUCAACGCUUUUUGCUACAGUCAGUUGGAACCCUUUUCGUAG